CUACCACUCAACAAUCCCCACAAAAAACAACUUCCAAGCUCAAAACUACUAGGCUUCUACUACUAUAUAACCCUUCCUUCAUAGCAAACACAAACCCCCCCUUCUUUCAUCUCCAAAUCUCUUCUUCAACUUCAAUUCUCCUCAUUUUCUCUUUCUUUCAUUAGGGGAAAAAGAAAAGAAAAUAUAGAUCCAUCAUAAACCCUUUCAAGAAACCAUUCUCAAAUUGAUAAGUAAGAAAGAAGAGAUCACACUACAACUCAUUUCUUCAUCAUCUUAAUAUAAAAAAAUGCCCCCAAACCCACCCAAGUCAUCUCUCCUCCUCCACCGGAUCAACCACACCACCACAGUUAACUGCCACGACCUCCAUCGUGACACCAUCCUCGUGAGGACCCCCGCCGCCGUCCCCGACACAGUGGCGCGCUACCACACCCACGCCGUCUCCCCGAACCAGUGCUGCUCCGCAGUGGUUCAAGAAACCACCGCCUCCAUCGCCACCGUCUGGUCCGUCGUGCGGCGCUUCGACAACCCGCAAGCCUACAAACACUUCGUCAAGAGCUGUCAUGUCAUCGGCGGCGACGGCAACGUCGGCACACUCCGGGAAGUCCACGUCAUCUCCGGCCUCCCCGCUGGCCGGAGCACCGAGCGGCUUGAGAUCCUCGACGAGGAGCGCCAUGUCCUCAGCUUCAGCGUCGUCGGCGGAGACCACCGGCUCGCGAACUACCGGUCCGUCACUACGCUCCACCCCUCCGCCGCCGGAGACGGCACCGGGACGGUGGUUGUGGAGUCGUACGUGGUGGAUGUUCCGCCGGGAAACACGAAAGAGGACACGCGCGUGUUCGUGGACACGAUUGUCGGGUGCAACCUUCAGUCACUCGCGCAAACCGCUGAGAGCUUGACACAACCAAACAAUAACAAGUGAUCUUCCUAAUUUUCCUUUUUUUCUUUUUAUUUUUUCUUUACAAUUUUCACAUUUAGUGUUUUGUAUGUAUUAUGUAAAUGGUAAUCGUCAAUUUAGUAUUAUGUAUACUGUGAGAUUUUGAGAUUUGUAUGUUUGUUCAUAGAAAUCAGAACUCAAUUUGUUUGCA